AUGUGCCUCUGGAUCGAUCAAUCAAUCAAUCAAUCAUCCUCAACUCGUCCCGGUCCUUCAUGCUCUACGUAUACGCUUCCGUCAGUGUACGGUUUCGAGAAGCCUGCAACUUCCUCACGGUGGCCUCGACUCUUCCCUCCUCUGUUCACCGAAGUCCAAGCCCGACCGCACCACGGGGUCCCUCUUGCUGCCAUGAGGACUCGUUGCGGCUUCCCAAGGGCCCUUGAUGCUUUCCGGCCUGGGACAUGGAGCCAUCCGCCUCUUCAUCCACACUCGGGCAUCGAUACCGGUUGCAGAGACUACACUCCAACAUCCUCACUUCGAUCAGCUUCGUCCCGUCGUUUUGUUAUCCUUCAGUCCCUACACCCUUUGCUUCCAUCCUAUCCAACAAUGUACAACACUUCGUGUAACCUCGUGUCGCCCGCCUUCCCUUCCGACUUCGUCGGUGGCUUCAACCCCCGGUUCGUCUUCGCACAAGGUCAUGGUCCGUCAUUCGGCCUCCCGGCAGUGCACUUCUUGGACCCUGUCAGCCAUGCCAACUGCUCAUACGGGCCCAAUGACUUCGUCCCUGUCAUCCAUCAAGCAUCCCCGACCUCGACGGACGUCACUUGCGCCUUUUCGAUUAAGCCCACCGGGACCGACCUGGUCUGCCCGACUAUUACCGCCCUACCUGUGGGUCAGCAUACCAUCACCUACAUUGAGGUUGCAUCUACGGUCGUUGCUCCGGCGCCCUUCUCUUUCGAAGUCGCUGAUGUCACGAAAUCUUCCGUCGCCCAGGAGUGGAAGUCCCUCACGGCUGCGCCCUUGCAUCCCAGAGUUCGCGGCAAAGGGCAGGUUACCAUUGUGACUACCCCUCCAAUCACCAUCAUUAUCACUCCCGCUUCGAUUACGACGACGUCCACUACCACGUCUACUUCUGUCUCCACGAACACGACAAGUACCACCGCGACCACUACCAUUCCCGUCUUCAGCUCAACGACCACUACUACGACGAGUACGACAAGCACCGUGCUCUCGUCCGCAACGACUACGACGAAGAAGAUUAUCAAGAAAGGAAGCCAGCUGACAGGUGCGACCCAGGGCGGCGGACUUCGCGGAAAGUUCCACCCAGUCGGACACGAGAAGAGGCAAGCGUUUGGGCAUGGAAAGUGUACACGAUCCACGGCCACCGGCACUGGAAAGAAGACACAAUCCACGACCAAGUCUACCUCCCCGACCAAGUCUACCUCCACGACCAAGUCUACCUCCACGACCAAGUCUACCUCCACGACCAAGUCCACCUCCACGACCAAGUCCACGUCCACGUCCAAGUUCGGAUUCCACUCGGCAGCGAUUGAGGAGAGGGAGGCCACUGGGACUGGAAAGAGUACGCAAUCCACGAGCAAGUCCACGUCCACGAGCAAGUCCACGUCCACGAGCAAGUCCACGCCCACGAGCAAGUCCACGACCAAGUCCACGUCCACGAGCAAGUCCACGACCAAGUCCACGUCCACGACCAAGUCCACGACCAAGCCUGUUGAGACCGUCACUCAGGUCGAAACGGUCUAUGGCACGGCGACGGCUCUGCCAAAGUUCGGAUUCCACCCCGCCGCCCUUGGAAAGGGGGAAGCCACUGAGGAUGGGAAGAGUACGCAGUCAACGACCAAGCUGGUUGAGACCGUCACUGAAGUCGAAACAGCCUAUGCCAAGAUGACGGCUCCGCACAAGUUCGGAUUCCACCCGGCCGCGAUGGAGAAGAGGGGAGCCACUGAGACUGGAAAGAACACACAGUCACCUGCCAGCAGCCACAGUGAAACGGUCACAGAGGUUGAAACGACCUAUGCCACGGCCACGGCUCCGCACGAGUUCGGAUUCCACCCCGACGCGCUCGAGAAAGGGGAAGUCACUGGGAUUGGAAAGUCCGGAAUAUACCCUGGCUCAACCACCAUCACGCAGACUGAAGCGGUCCCAACCACCAUCAAGCAGACUGAAUCGGUCCCAACCACCAUCAAGCAGACUAAAGCUGUCUCCAUCACCAUCAAGCAGACUGAAACAGUCACUCAACUCGAAAUGGCCCAUUCUACGGCGACAGCUCUGCAGAAGUUCCCCCCGAAGUUCCACACGACCGCGCCGAAGCCUCAGAAGAGGGGAGCCACUGGGACUGGAAAGAGUGCGCAACCAAGUCACGGAGCUUCGUCUGUCACAACCACCAAGUUCGCUGAAACGGUCACUCAAGUCGAAACUAUAUAUGCCACGGCGAAGCCUCUGCGGAAGUUCAGGUUCCACAGGAAGAGGGGAAACAACGCUGGCAACUGGGGACCCGGUCAACUUGGACAUGGCUUGCACAAGACGCUGGAUGGUUUGAAGAAGAAGAUUACGACGCAAACCAAGGCGAGAAAAACAACCGUGACUACAACAGAAACGACGGCGACUCCCUCUCCAACCACUGAGACCACGACUACAACGACCACCUCGCCUACGGGGACUACAACGGUAUCGACGACGUCUACAACCACCGAGACAACCACCACUACAACGCCGGGUACCACAACAACGACCACUACUAGACCAACGAGCACAACGACGACGACUACUACGGACUACUUCUACGACGACUUCGCCGACAACCACAACGACCACAACUUCUACGCCGACAACGACGACUACUACCAGUACAACAACGACGACGACGACCACGACGACAAGACCAGGGGGUGGUCCGCCUCUUGCUGGUCCUGCUACGGUCACCGCUAUCUAAGUCGCUGGACGCCAGACGGGCAUGUCACCCGGCCCUUCUGGAACGCUCAGUGCGGUUGGGGCGGGGAGGGAACGGGGUGGCUGGAAUUAUCACUAUGGCAGAGCAUCGUGUUGGGUUUGAGAUCAAUGAGGGAGAGGAGGUUGACGGCUUCAUGGGAGUCACCCAAGAAGGCUGGGAAAAGAGAGGACAGGCAGGGCAUCGUGGAUGAGGACGAAGAGGAUGGUGUUGGAGGGAAGAGAGGAGCAUUGAAGUGUUGUGGAAUCCAAUGCAGCCGCACCAUCUCAAGCUCUUUGUCCACAAUCGCGUCUUCACCGGUCCCAAGCUCCGUUCCGCAUUGGCGCGAGGCGCUGAUUCGGAGAUUGCCAGACAAGCUUCAAGAUGACAAGUACACACGGCUUCGUUCGUCAGCAACGUGCUGGGCAAUUAUCUCUCCCCGCCCCCCUCUCCCCAAUGCCAGGGUACCUAUUUACUCAAUGAGCGUUGAAGAGCUGAGGCAGCAGUUGGAGGCCCUUCAGCGGUCACACGAAGCCCUGUUGAGGAGCAUCACACGAGCGAACGGUUCCUUUGAUCAAGCGCAGCUUCGGCGAUCAUUGACCCGCGAGGAGCGCCAUGGCACACAUGCGACCUUUGUGGAUUCUUCCAAUUUUUCCGACGACAGCGACGACGAGGACGAUUCAUACUUUGUCCAGGGGGAGCUGCCAUCCCAAUCCUUUGACCACGAGCACCUGCGAGAGCAUCUGAAGAAGCAUGACUGGAAAGAGCAUGGAAGGGAGAUCCUCUCCAGCCUUUUCAAGGAACGAGGCAGGCUGAAGGAGCCGAAUCUGUUCCCCACGCAACCGGGUCCCGCCGAGGACAGGAGUCAUUAUUCUCACUUUCAAGUCUACGAUGUUGGGCCCCGCGGAAACGUGGAGCUCAUCGAAUCCGGUGGGAAGGAGAAGUGCAUGUCGCGUGCUCACCAGAUUUGGCAUUCCCUCAAAGACAUUGGCGUGGGCAGUUCCAAGAUCGAGAAGCCGGUAGGGCGAAUCACGAUAGCACGGGAGCCUUCGCCCAUCUUGUUCGGAGCCUUGCAUCUUACCAUGAACAACACAUUCGACAUGGACGAGUUGUUUAAGCACCUGGUUAACACUGACGCGUCGUCAGCACACAUGCAUAGAGCAUUCGACCCGGAGCGCAGACGCCAGAGGACCUUCUUCUUCAAUUUCGAAUAUUAUACCAUCAUGGGUGAGGACUGUGAGCCAAUGCAGUGGCAAUACGCGAACCGAGAGAAGUCUCUGAAACCUGGCCAUAUCCCAUUCACCAGAUGCAGCUCCGUGGUGGCAUUGGCCCUCUAUGACAACAAACCAAGGCGCAUCGUAACCAGGGGAUCGCGCGGCCAGAAGAGGGAGGGGUUUGUCUCUGAUAUCUGGACCCCAUGGCAGGUGCUCGUGAUUGAGUGCUUUCCAGACUGGAGAGCGACGGCCGAUACCUUUGAAACCGGACAUCGUUUCCUUAACGGCCCGGAAGCCUUCUUGCAUGCAUUAUUGGCACAGUAUAGAGAUGCCAGAAAGAGAUAUGACGAGAUUUAUAGGAGGGUGGCUAGGCUGGUCACGCCUCCGCUCAACUUUCUUUUCGACGGCUCCUUGCGGGAUCAGCGACUCUUUGAAGACCGAGACUUCACGUGGACUCGUCGCUAUUUCUGGGCUCAUCAGACGCUCGGAAAUGUCAAUGACAGCAUCAAGAGCAUGGUUGAUGCCUUCGAAGACACCUUCACCGAUGACGUCUGGGAGGGGAAAAGCCGUCUUCUGUGGCCUUUGUUCGAAGAAUCGCCUCGGAACGACUACUGGAAGCACCGCCUUAGGAUGUUGCGGACCCGGUUCGAAAGGGAGAUGAAGGAACUUCGCAUCCUCAUUCGUGAGAACAACGAACGGAGAGCGGAGAUCCGGACUCUGCAAGACCAUCUGUUCAGUGGGACAUCGAUUCAGGAGUCGAGAAAAUCCGUGGAGCUGACCGAUAUAACCGUCCAACAAGGCCGAAACAUUAAACUCCUCACCCUCGUCAACAUGAUCUUCGUACCCCUCACCUUCGUCACGUCCGUCUUCGGCAUGACAAACAUGGACACGACCCCUUCCUUCUGGCAGUUCGGCGUCACCCUCGUCACCGUCUGCGUCCCGUUUUUCUUUCUGAUCGGUUUCCUCAACACCGACUCCGGAUAUCGCAUCUGGAUGGAGAAAACAAAGGCCUUGUGGCAUUGGCUGCGGCCAAGGGCGAAGAAGUUGGAAGCCGAAGCGCAAGCAGACGGGGAUGGGGAGAGGGACUAUGAGCUUCGCCUGCAUCGGACGAUGAGUAGGAGCUUCACGACGGAGGAGGGGAUGAGGCGGAGGUUUGGUGAUGCUGGGAGGAGGAUGAGGAGGGAGAGCAGCGUAGGGGCCGAAGAGGGGCUGUCGCAUAUCAGGAGGAUCAUCGAGGAGGUCGGGGAGGGGAAGCAGGGCGUUUCGAGGACUAAGGGGAGGGAUUGUGGGAUGUGUGACAAGGGAAAGGGUGUCGAUGAGGUGGAGGGGAAGGGAGUGGUACAUGCGUCUCAAGAUGCUGUUAUCAAUAUUGAUGGAGAUGCCGGAUGA